AUGAAAACUCGUGGAUAAAAGACAGAACCCAAUUAUGCAUAUCAAUUUAAAAAGGAUUAGAUUCUAGGAUAAAGUGAGAAAGGAAAACCAGUCUUCUAUAAAGUAGUUGAAGAUCUAAAAACUAAUGAUCAUAAAUCAUAAUUAAAAGUAAUAAGACUAGAGUAACAGGAGAAAUAAAAGGAUGGUAAAAUAGUUUACAAAGAAUCAUAAGAAGCAUUAUUAUCAGUUAAAGAAAGAACGUAAAAAAAGAUAUUAAUUUUUAGUAAAAUUGUGGAAGAUGUUGAAGUAAAAUCCACAAAACCAAAUCCAAGAAGUAAAUCUACAGUGACUUCAUUUGUAUUCCCAUAAGAUACAUUAUAAGAGAUAACAAAGAGCGCUAAACAAGUUCCCGCCAAUACUAAGUAGUAAAAGAAAUAAGUGAGUUCUGAAAGUGAAAGUGAAGAAGAUGAACAACCUUAAAAGUAUACAAUAAAGAAGGGAACAAAAUAAGUUGUCAAAACAUAGAAUCAAAAAAAAGAAGUUAAAUUAAAUAUUAAAAAAAAAGUUGAAUCAGAUGAUAGUGUUGAAGAAGAAGAAUCUUAAGAAUAGGAAUCACCUAAAAAAUAAACAACAAAAAAGAAACAAACUCAAUAAGUUACUAAGAGUAAUAAAAAAGGUAGUAAAUAAGUAAGAUUGGAAGAAAGUGAGGAGAGUUCUGAAGAAUAAAAUGUAUAAGAAUAAAAAAAGAAAAGAGUUACUAGAUAAAAUCCAUCUUCUAAAAAAGAUGAACCUGAACCACUUCCUGUUUAAAAAAAAUAAAUUAAGAGAGGUAGAGCUUAGAAAAAGUAGGAUUCUGAAGAUGAUGAAGAUGCUUAAGAUAAUGAAGAUAAUUAAGUUCAAUCUCAUUCAGUUGAUGAAAAGAAAAAGAAAGGUAAAGCAAAUGAUAAAAAAUCUAAAUCUUAACCUGCUCCACCAAAAAAAUUCAUGAAAGGUAAAGCUAAUCCAAAUUACAGAGAAAUAAGGUAAACUAGUGAACAAUUUGAAGGAACAUCUUCAAAAUUUAAAGAUUAUUCUAGUAUGAUGAUGAAUAAUAAGGAGUUGAUUAGAGCUGCUUAAACAGGAAAUACUAAACUAUUAGAAGAUAUUUUUGCUCAUUCAUAAAAAAUUAGUAAUCUUUUUUAAAGAUGGGCUCCUGAAAAUGAUGUUAAUGCUAUUGAAAUCAUAUUUAAAAGGUAAGAUAAAGCUAUGUUACUUUAAUUUAUAAAAGCAAUUAAUAAAGUAAAAUUAGGUACUACACCUAGUUGUUCACUUAAAGAAAUCUAAACAGGAUAUAAUGAUUAAUAUGCUUAUGGUGCUAGAACUAGAAAGGUUGCUUUAGGUAGAGGAGGAAGAGAAGGAAAUAAUGCUUUUGUUUAUGAUUUGGAUUAGUAAGAUACUUUGACUGAAUAAUAAAUUGAAAGAUUGAUGAAAAUUGAAAGUGAUCCAGAAUUCUUUGGUUUAAUGAUGGCCUAAUUAGGAGAUGAAUAACAAUAUUAUAGUUAGAUUGCUUUUGCAGUUAGAAGUGGAAAUUGGAAGACAGCUGGUUAUUUGGUUUAAAUAGCAAUGGAUAAAGGACAUAUGUAUGGAUUUAAUUAAGUUCAUGUUGAUGUUUUGAAUUAUACAAGUGCAAGUCGUAUAGGAAAUAUAAAGAAACCUUCAGCUACAAAGAAAUCAGGAGGUAGUUAUUUAAUUACUCCAAUUCAUUGUGCUGCUAUAAACCCAAAUCAUUCAUGUCUCUAAAAAUUAUUAGAUAUUUCAUAAGAAUAUAAUAUUUUGGAUGAAAUUCAUAGAAAACCUGUUCAUUAUGCUGCUGUCUCAUAGACCUCAGCUUGCUUAAAAUAUUUAAUGGAUAAUAGUAUAGAUGUUAGAGAAGGUGAUAGAAAUAAGAACACUCCAUUGAUUUUGGCUGCAUAAUUUGGUCGUACACAUAAUGUCUAGAUUUUGGCUUCUAAUAAUAUAGAUGGAAAAAAUAGAGAUGGUAAUGCAGCUAUACAUGUUGCAUGCUAAGGAGGACAUUUAGAGACAGUAAAAGUUCUUCUAAAAUAAGGAGCUAAAAUUAAUUUAACAGGAUAAAAUAGAAUGACUCCAUUAAAUAUUGCUUGUGCAUAUGGUCAUUAUGAAUUAGCAAAGUAUUUAAUAGAAUAAGGAGCAAAAGUAUUGGCAAAAGAUAAAUAUGGAAGAUCUUCUUGUGUUCUUGCUGCUCGUAAUGGAAAUGUAAAGAUUUUAUCUUUAUUGCUUUAUCAUGGAGCUGAAUAUGAUUAACCAGACAGCUCUAAAAAUACUCCUUUACAUUAUGCAGCUGCUUAUGGUUUUCCAGAAUGUAUAGAAGAAUUAAUGAAAGCAGGUGCUGAUUAAAAUUUACCUAAUUCUUGGAAAUUGACACCCUUAUCUGUAGCAUUAUAGAAAAAUCAUUUGGGAGUUGUUAAAAAAUUGUUAAGUUAUCCAACUACAGAUGUAAAUUGUAAAGAUGAUGAAGGUAGAACUUUAAUUUCUUCAAGUUUAAGUAAAUUUACAGUAGAUGCAUUUGAAUAUAUGAAAUAUUUGAUUUUAGAGAAAAAUGCUGAUGUUAAGAUUGCAGAUUUAUAAGAUAAGACUCCAUUACAUUAUGCUGUAUUAUUAUCAAGAAAGGAUGCAAAAUAAUAUUAUAAAAAAUGGAAUGAUAUGAGUAAAACAGAAAGAAGAGAUAUCAAAAAUAAAUAUGAGAAAUUAGUUCAUGAGAUGAUUGAAUUAUUAAUUAAUGCAGGAUCAGAUGUUAAUAUUUAAGAUAGUAAUGGAUAAACUCCAUUCAUUUAAUCAUUAAUGAGUUAGAAUUUCAAAGUAUCUGAAUUAUUAAUGAAAUUAACUACACCUACUGUUAAUUAUGUUGACAAAAAAGAUAGAAAUAUUUUGCAUAAGCUUAUUGAAUGUAGAUUAUUUUUAAAUGUUAAAGGAUUUUCUAUAUUAGAGAAUAUCAUUAAGUCUAUAGAUCCAUCUUAUGUUAAUUAAUAUGAUGAAAAUGGAUGGAAUCCAUUACUUUAUUUAUUUUCUGAAUAUACAAGUACAGCAGAAGAACAAUAUAAUGAAAUUUACAAUAAAAAAGUGUCAACAUUAUAAUAGAAAUUAUUUGAAGAGAAACUAAAAUAAUUGUUAGAAGAAGAAGAAAGAAUUAAUCAAGAAAAAAAACUUAAAAAUAAUGAAUAAAAUGAAGAAAAUUAAAAGAAGAACAAAAAAGAAAAUGAUGAAGAUAAUGAAGAUGAAGAUGAAGAAGGAGAUGAAGAAGGAGAUGAAGAUGAAGAAGGAGAUGAAAAUGAUGAAGUUGAAGUUGAAGAUCAUGGAAAUGAUGAUGAAAAUGAAGAUGAGGAUGAUGAAGAAAAUGAAAAUGAAGAUGAUGAUGAAGAACAUUCUGGAGAUGAUGAAGAUGAAGAUGAAGAUGAAGACAAUCAUCAUUAUCAUAAAACAAAAAAAGUUAAUAGAGGAUUACUUGGAUCAACAAAUGUAUUUUCUAAACCUUAAGCAAAUGCUGUAAUAACUAAGGAUUAACAUCACACAAAAACAUUCUAUCAUAAAAAUAAACCAGUUAUCGUCUUUUUAAAGUAAGAUUAAGUUGAUAUAUUGGCCAAUGAAUCUAAACAAGAAUGUUGGACUCUUUAAGAAACAGUAAUUAAAUUAUAUUAAUUACUGAUAAAUUUAGGAGCAGAUACUAAUUCAUCAAUUAUAAAGAGAAAGUAAUAUAGAGAAUAAAAAGAUGGUGAAUAAGAAGAAGAAGUAGAUCAUCCUUAUAUUAAUGAAGGAGGUUAUACUAUAGCUCAUUUUAUUUUCAAACAAUAUCAUAGUGUUUCAUUUCUUUAAGAAAUAAAUAAAAUCAAAGCUAUAUCUUUAACUGAAGUUGCCUAAUAAAAUAUUUAUCCAAUUCAUCUUUUUGCAAAUUCAUGUAAUAUGAAUUGGAUUUGUGGUAGAGAAAAUGAAACAAGUUAAACAUUUUUAGAGUAUGUAAUUAAUUAAAUUAAUGUCAAUGUAAAAGAUAACUAAUUAAAUACUCCAACUAGUAUAAUAGCUUGUAGAUACAAUUUUACUUUAGAUGGAAUUUUAGAUAUUCUAAUAUCAAAUGGAGGUAGUGUUAAUAAUUUGAAUGAUGAUGAUGUAGUACCAUUAUAAAAUUGGGUUAAGGAAAAUAAUGUUAAAGUUGUUGCAAUAUUUUUAACUAAAUUCAAAGCUGAUCCUAAUUUCCCUGAUAGCUCAAAAAGAACUGCUCUACAUCAUGCUAUUAAUUCUUCUAAUUCUUAAGCAGAUGCUAGUUUUGAAAUGGAACAUUUGUUAAUCAAAAAUGGUGCAAACACUAAUGCUGUAGAUAUUUACAAGAGAACUCCACUAUUCUAUGCAUUUACAAAGAUGACUUAUGAUAAUGAUUUUAGAGAAAUUGAUCCAUUUGAAACAGUAUCAUCUGUUUUAGCAAACAAACAUUGUGAAGUUGAUUGUGUAGAUAUACAUUAAAGAUCUCCACUUCAUUAUGCUGCCAUGAGAGGAAGUGUAAUAUCAGGAAGAUACAUGAUUAAAAUGAAGGCUCCUAUUGAUCUACCUGAUAAAUAUGGCAAUACUCCAUUGGCUUUGGCAUUCUUAUGUGGUCACUCUAAUUUCUGUACAAUGCUUAUAGAUAAUAAAGCAGAUGUAAAUAGAUAUGCAACUGUCGUUGAUUAUUAAAAGAUUAGAUAGGAGGAAAGGAAAAAUAGAAUGGAGAGAAUUGAAAGAGGAGAGGCAAUAGAAUAGGAAGAGGAAUUUGAGACUGACGAAGAGGCAGAUUCAGAAAAUGAGGAUGUAGAUAAUGGACUUUAUGGAGGUGCUAGAACUAAAUAGACUGCAAGAAUGUGUUAUGGAGGAAAGGCACCAAGAAAAGCAUUAGCCAGUACAAGUUCAUAUUUAGGAAAUUAAUAAAAUAAAUAAAAAAAAAAAGGUAAAAUUUAUUUAUUACAAUCAACAAAAUUCCCAGUAGGAACAUAUUCUUAUUUUAAAUUAGCAAUAAAAUAGGGUUGGUAAGGAGUAGCAUAUUUAUUAAUAUCAGAUGGUUAUGAUUUAUAAAGAGCUAUUGAAGAUGCUAUUAUGGAAGAGUAAUUUAAAUUAGUUCGUACUUUGUUGAUGAAAGUUAAAGAUGAUGAAGUUGUAUAGAAAUAAAAUAAAAAUAAAUAAAAUCUUUUCCAUAUUUUUUCAAUAAAGGGUAGAAAAUGUACAGAUGAUAUUGCAUUAAUGAUUGCUGAAGAAUUAGCAAGUAGACAAGUUGAUAAAAAUGCAAAAGAUGAUUAGAAUAAUACUCCAUUACAUUAUGCUGCACAAAAUGAUUUUUUAGGAAUGAUUUAAUAUUUAUUGUAAUCUAAUAGUGAUCCAAAUAAUUACAAUAAUGAUUAGAAUACUCCUUUUUCAAUUAGAUUAUAAGAAAAAUACAAAGCUUUGGUUUCUGCUAUAGAAUUAUAAUUAUGGAAAGAGAAAAAUACUAAUUUAAAUGUAAAAUUUAAAAUUAAAAACAAAAAUUAAUUAAUAACACCAAUUUUGUUCUUGAUUUAAGAAUAUCAUUUAGAAGAUGAGAUAAUAUUAAAUAAAUUUACUGAAGCUGGAUGUGAUAUUAAUGAAAAGACUGAAUCUGGAGAAACAUCUUUAAUGUUAGCUAUUAGAAUAAAUUCAAUGAAAUUAGUCAAUUUUAUAUUGAAUCAUCCUAACUUUAAUAAAGCUCUUCAUUCUUAAGAUUCAUAAAAUAGAACACCUAUUCAUUAUGUAGUAUAACCUCUUGAAUUUGGAUCAUAUGAAAAUAUUGAAAUGUUAGAAUUAUUGUCAAAAUAAUUUGAUAUUAAUUAACCUGAUAAUUUUGGUAAAACACCUUUAGAUUAUGCUAAUGAUCAAGAUUCAGGAACAAUGGCAGCAGCUCUUAAGAAAUUGAAUGCUAAAGAAGGCAAGAAAUAAAAAUAACCUAGACUUCCCACAAGUGUUAUUUCUCAAGCUUAAUGGGUUGAAGAAGAGAUUGAUGUUGAAAAUGAUGCAUAGAAAUUCUUAGAUGAAAAUGGAGAAUAAUUAGAUGAAUCAAAAUAAGACAUUAGAAAAGUAGUAGAUUCAGAAGCAUAAGAGUCUGGAAAGGUUGAAGUUUGGAUAGAUAAAGAAUCUGGUCCAUAUUCAUUAUUAAUGACUAAAGUUGAUAUUGGAAAUGGUAUUUAUUCAGAAAAUGUAUUUUAUAAGAUGCAAAUCUUACAUGAAAUUAAUAGAAAUGUUUUUAUACUAUUUACUAAAUGGGGAAGGAUUGGUACACAUGGAUAACAUUAAUUAACACCAUUUGAAAAUGCAGAAGAAGCAAUUAAAGAAUUUAAUAAGAUAUUUCAUAAUAAAACAGGAGGAAAUGAUUGGAGAAGAGUAUAAACAGGAGAAGAUACUUUUGUAAAAAAACCAGGAAAAUAUUAAUUAAUACAUUUCAAAAAUGUUAAAAAUUAUAAAUCUUUACUUGUUCCAUUUGAUUUUAGUAAGAAAAGUCCUUAUUAAUAAUGUAAUUUAGAUAAAACAAUUAAAAGAUUUAUGUUAUAAUUUGUAUAAGUUAAAUUAUACAAUAAAGAUUUAUAAUAAUUCCAUAUUGAUUUGGAUACUAUGCCUAUUGAAAGAUUAGAUAGAAAAUAAUUGGAAGCAGCUAAAGCUAUUUUAAAUGAAUUAACAGAUUGUGUAGAAGAUUUAUAAAAACUUAGAAAAUAAGGAGAUCUUGAUAUUAAAAAGAUUUAAAACAUUUUUACUGAAAUUUGUGAUAAAUCAAGUAGAUUUUAUGAAUUAGUUCCAGUAACAGAAUUAAGAACAGAACCUAUUCCUCCUUUAGAUUCAAUAGAGGCAAUAAAUUAAAAGUUACUUUUAAUAGAAACUUUACUUAAUUUUGAAAUCACAUCUAAAAUUUUAUUAGGUGCUCAUCUUAUGAAAUAAACUAUUAAUCCAUUGACUUAUUGUUUUAAUGCAUUAAAUGUUAGAGUAGUUACUUUACCAAAAGAACAUCCUGAGUUUAAAUUGAUAGUUCAAUAUAUAAAUUCAACUCAUGAAGGAAAGAUUUCAAAUAUAUUUGCAGUUGAAAGAAGAGGAGAAGCUGAAAGAUUUGAGCAUAAUAAAUAACAUAAUAGAAUGCUUUUAUGGCAUGGAUCUAAAAUUUCAAAUUUCAUGGGUAUACUAGCAUAAGGACUUAGAGGUAUAUAUUAUAUUUAAUAAAUUUAGUGGCACCACCAUGGGCUUUUAAUACUGGAGCUAUGUUUGGAAAAGGCAUUUAUUUUGCUGAUACAUUUGAAAAGUCAUAUGGUUAUACUGAAGAUUGGUCUCUCUAUUACAACCAGUAUAAUGGACUUUUCUAAUAAGAUGGAUAUUAUAAUAGAUAACAAAAAAAUACUAAGAAAGAUGAAUAAGAUGAAAUUCAAAGAUAUAGAUACAUGUUAUUAUGUGAAGUAGCUGUUGGUAAAUCAAUGAAUCUGUAUAAUCCUGAAUACAUUUCUAAAUUAGAUAGUAAUUUUAAAUAUAAAUAUUUUUUAGAACAAUAUUAAUCAGUAAAAGGAUGUGGAAGAAGAGGACCUGAUUAUAAUUAAUCAGUUAUUUUAUCAAAUGGAUGUAAAGUACCUGUUGGAGAAUGCAUUGACUAUCCAUUACCAAGAAUGAAGGAUAAAAAUAGAAAUGUAGUACGUUAUCAUCUUGAGCAUAAUGAAUAUAUUGUUUAUGAUGAAACAAAAGUUAAGGUCAGAUAUAUGGUUUAAUUGGACACAAAAGAUACAAUAGAUGAAUAUUGAGAUGUUAU